AGAUCCUGGUGCUGGGCACAGGAGAUAGGGUGGAGCGGCUCCACCCUGCCAUGCUGAAGCAGAUGCGGGAGUGCGGGAUCGCUGUGGAGGUGCAGGACACGCCAAAUGCGUGCGCAACCUUCAACUUCCUGACAAGUGAGAAGCGCAGGGCAGCUGCUGGGCUCAUCCCACCGCGGGGCACCUACGUGGGGAUGUAG